CAUUUUUUCCCGAAACAGAGUUAGCAAAUCCCCAAACUAAAAGUUUGAAAGCCAAAAGAUGGGUCUCCUCUCGUGGUUCCAAAGAAGCUCCAAACCCGAGUCAAAAUCCGCUUCUAGCUCCACGAAACCCGAAACCUCCCCGCCCUCCGAAAUCCCCGGUAUGAACGGCGCCGUCGAGGUACCCCGACCGCCCCCCAAGAACGUCACCGUUUUCGAGUUUGGGUCUGUAUCUGCUACUGCGGAUAAGGUUACUCUUGCCGGGUUCUGCCCCGUAUCCGACGACCUCGAGCCUUGCCGCUGGGAAAUCAUGCCGGCGAGUGAUUCCGACGCUCCUCAGUUUCGCGUUGUAUUUUAACUGGGCAUUUCAGACUGGACUAGUGAAAAGGGACCCUUUUCUACAGUUUUUUUUUCCCCGAGUUUGGAACCUGUGUUUUAAGAGAAUGAGUAUAAUCUUACCCAGUAGUAAUUAUGUUGUUCUCUGUGCGUUGGAUAUCUAUGAUACUUUUCAGUAAUGGGUUUUGGUUAUUUUUGGUGGUUUA